AUGACCUCAGGUCCAGACUACAUAAAAGAUCACUUGGCUAAAGUUCACCAGCAUACCGCCUAUAUAGGAGAAAAGCGCCCAGCAUUAGAGAAAACUGGAGAUCUCAAAUAUUUAUGGAGAUCUGCCCUAAACCGAAGCCUACCAGCAAAAUAUAAACAUGAGCAUGUUGGUGAAAUUGGAUGGGGGAUACCAGAGUACAGUUUCAUCAACAGAUCAAGACUGGAGAGUGGCUUUCACGUCAAGGCUGGAGAACUAAGUCGUAGGCAGACUGACAAACUAAGCCACCGUUAUCAAAACCCAUGGCAACCGAGGCCUUCAGUCCUGGACAAGCAAAGAGGAUACAGUCGUGGUUUUCUUGCCUGGAAUAUGAGUGAUUACGAAGACUCCGAACAGAGAACCUCCAAAAGGGCUCUUCUUGUUCAAGAGAGUAAAUCACCAAGGCCUGUUCUGCCCCUCAAGCUGCCCAAGCUGCCAAGGAAGGAAGACAAGGUAAGCUGA